AUGUUAACUCGAAGAGGCUUUGCCGCACAAGAGGAGGCUAAAUUAAAACUGGCUUUAAAAGAAUUGCAGUCUUUGAAGGACCUUUGUGCUCAAUUAACAUUGGAAAGGGAGGAAAAUGAGAGGGAGUUAUUAGAGAGUAAAAAGAAUCUCAAAUCAGAGUUAACUUCACUCUUUCAAGAAAAUACCAAAAUACAACACGAACGGGAUACAAGACCAACUUAA